AUGUUGUCUCUUCUUUUUUCUUUUUUUUCCCCUUCCCCUUCUGUAAGAAUAGGGGGAGUGGGCGGAGGAGGCCGCAGCCACGUGACUGUUAUUGUUGUGGUUGCUGCUUUCUUGGUGUUAUUUUGGCUGCUUUUUUGUUGUCAUCUCUGUGCCUUCUUCCUUUUGUCCUUUUUUUUUUUUGUUUCCUUUUUUUCCCUUGACGCUUUUCCUUUGCCGCCUCUGCCUAUUUCUCUUUGUUUUUUGGUGGAACUGUGUGCGUGUGCGUGUAUUUCUGAGACUUUUAGGGCUCUAAGCAUGUCAGACGUGUUUUAUCUUAACAUUCCACGAGGUCGUGUGCCGCGCGGAGCCUCUGGUGCUGCUUCGGCGGCCCCUACUGUGUCGCUGCACGACCCUCUGUCGCGAGCGGUUUCUCCUGCAUCCUCCAACGCCCGUUGGGGGGUUGUGCCGAUGGUUGUAGGGGUGUUGUCUGUCGGGUGUGCCUUGUCUCUUGCAGUGCGGUUAUGGCAAUACCGACAACAGUGUCUGUCCUCGAUUAUUUCGGGUGGUGGGCGCGUGCUGCGAGGGGAAGGGGGAAAACCGCAGUUGCGGCGAAGGCCGCGUCGUUGUUCUAGUCUUUUGAACAAUGCAAGAAGGGAUGACACCCCGCUGCCACAGAAGGAGCCUGUGAGGCUAACCACGGAUGAAAGAAUCCCAUCACCCACUGCACACUUGCCAGAGGCAAAUGAUGGUUGCUGUGAUGAUGACAAUAGAAGGAAUGGUCUGGAGUGGCAUUCUCUUGAUCAUCAAGGGGAGGCGGGGGAUGAGGACUUCGACACACGGACGUCGUCUUUGAAUUCCCCACUGGUGUUUGUCACGACGACCGGCGAGCGAUACAAGCGGGUUUCACAGCUUGGGCGUGGUGGAUGUGGUCUUGUCUACAAAUGUUUUAAUCUGAACACGGGGCAGGUGGUUGCGGUGAAGGAGGUGCGGCUGGAAGAGAGUACCGACGGCGAUAGGGCGGAAGAAAUGCGCUCUGAAUUUGAGUUGCUCUCCCGCGUCAGUCACCCAAAUAUUAUUCGUGUCAUUGGCUGUCAUGUUGGAAAGAAACACGCCCGACUGUUCUUGGAGUGGGCUGCGGGGGGCUCACUGUGUGAUGUCAUGAAAGCCAUUGACCGAUCAUUUGCGUCGGGUCUGCAUGAGGACCUUGUCCAGUCGUACGUGCGUCAGAUUUUGGAGGCUCUUCAGUGCCUGCAUGAACAUGGCAUUAUUCACCGCGAUCUCAAACCACAGAAUUUGCUUAUUGAUCACGCAGGCAGGCUGCGCGUGACGGAUUUUGGUCUCAGCCGCCUGGUUGCUGAGGGGGCGUCUGCUGUAGAGACGGUUGUCGCAGGCACGCCACGAUAUUUGGCCCCGGAAGCCAUCAGUGCUGGACGCUUUUCCUGCGGUAGCGACCUGUGGGCAGUGGGCGCGACCAUGUCGGAGCUUUUUACCGGGCGGCCACCGUGGUCACACUUAGGGGUCCAACAGCUGCCGUCGCUGCUGUACCACAUCGCCAACAACCCGGAGGAUCAUCCAGUUAUUCCCACACACAUCAGUAAGGAGGCAAGGGAAUUCAUGGCGCAGUGCUUUCGACCAGAGCCAGGGGACCGCGGCACGGCGGCUAUCCUCCUGCAGCAUCCUUUUCUGACACGGGAGAGAAGAGAAUGA